UUACAGCUCCCACUGCUCGCUGGAUUGUCGUUCCCGUUACCGGAAACGUACAUUGACCAAACACAGAGGGUAUCUAUUGUUGAGUGUUUUAGUUUUUGACUUUACUACAGGUGUUAGGUGGACUUUGUUUUUUUUUGUUGUUAAUUCAGACAGUUGUAGAUGAGUAUGGAGGUGAAUGGCCAUGCCCUGCCGCCAUCAAUACCUGAGGACAGAGAAGCCCCGGACCAUGUUUCUCAUGAGGAGAUGAACGGUUACCACCAGAGAUUUCAGGGUGGUGACGGGGGAGAGGCUGAAGUCCCGGUGUCCAAGUCCCAGAGACGGAAAAGCGAUGUCAAAGUCUACAAGGAAUUUUGUGAUUUUUAUGCUCGCUUCAACAUGGCCAAUGCUCUGGCCAAUGCCAUGUGUGAGCGCUGCAAGAGCGGUUUCGCCCCAGCUGAGAAGAUCGUCAACAGUAACGGGGAACUUUACCAUGAGCAGUGCUUCGUGUGCGCCCAGUGUUUCCAACAGUUCCCAGAGGGACUCUUCUAUGAGUUUGAAGGCAGGAAAUACUGUGAACAUGACUUCCAGAUGCUGUUUGCUCCCUGCUGCCACCAGUGUGGUGAGUUCAUCAUUGGCCGUGUGAUCAAGGCCAUGAACAACAGUUGGCAUCCAGACUGUUUCUGCUGUGACCUCUGCGAGGCCGUGCUCGCUGAUGUUGGAUUUGUAAAGAAUGCUGGAAGGCACCUGUGUCGUCCAUGCCACAACAGGGAGAAAGCUCGGGGCCUCGGCAAGUACGUCUGCCAGAAGUGUCACGCCAUUAUUGAGGAGCAGCCUCUGCUGUUCAAGAAUGAUCCUUACCACCCUGAUCACUUCAACUGCAACAACUGCGGUAAGGAGCUGACAGCUGAUGCCAGGGAGCUGAAGGGGGAGCUCUACUGCCUGCCCUGCCACGACAAGAUGGGUGUCCCCAUCUGCGGGGCCUGUAGGAGACCCAUUGAGGGCCGUGUGGUUAACGCUAUGGGCAAGCAGUGGCAUGUGGAGCAUUUUGUGUGUGCUAAGUGUGAGAAACCUUUCCUGGGACACCGUCACUACGAGCGCAAGGGCCUGGCCUACUGUGAAACACACUAUAACCAGCUGUUUGGAGAUGUUUGCUACCACUGCAAUCGUGUUAUCGAAGGAGAUGUGGUGUCUGCCCUCAACAAGGCUUGGUGUGUCAACUGUUUUGCAUGCUCUACCUGCAACACCAAGCUCACCCUCAAGAACAAGUUUGUGGAGUUUGACAUGAAGCCAGUGUGCAAGAAGUGCUACGAGAAAUUCCCUCUGGAGCUGAAGAAGAGGCUGAAGAAGCUGUCUGAAACUGUGGCACGAAAGUAAACGUACAGUGGAGCAGCUGGCGGGAGGGAGAAACAGAUGAGACCGUGAGGUGGCCAUGCAGGUCACAUUUCCAGAAUUGACAAUCCUAUAACUAGCAUUUGUGUGUGAGGAGCAUUUCAUGAGCCUGAAACUGACAGACGGGUAAACAGUUGGUCAGUCAGUCAGAAGGUUUAACAAUAACUUGUUCAGUGCCUUUUGGCUCAAAUACUGCACUGUAUAUCUUUCACGCGCUUGCCUUAUUUCACUAUAUAUACAUAUAUAUAUAUAUAUUAAACCUAAAAACAGAUGACGGUCCUGAAUUUCAAAAUUAUAUGAGCUUUAAGAGAACAGAAACAAGAGAAUAAUAAAAAUUGUGUUACAGGCUGCCAACUCGUCUCAUGAUGCCCAGCCAUGUGUCCUCUGUUUGACUGAUGUUACUCUUGUAUAAUAACGCUGUUAACCCAAAGAAAGUUGAGAGGAAAAUACUGUUUUAUUGAAUAUGUGUAUAAUGUCUCUAAUAUUUCCUGUUUUCCACCAACAUGUAUCAUGUUAUGUAUUAUGAAUGUGUCUUUAAUAUUUUGCUAAAUAAGUUUGUGUUUAGCUCUAUAAAGUUAGAAUUGCAGACGUCAUACUGUACCCUCCUUAGUGCUACAGUAAUGGACUCAACUUCGGCUGCAGUAUGUUGCAGUUAUGUGCUAUGCAUUUUAUGUGUGAAACAUGCUCUAUGCAAACAGAGUUACCAGUUUAUUAGGUUCACUUGUACAAUCUAAUAUAACCCAAUACAACUGCAUUUAAAUGAAUCCUGAGUUUAUAAUAUUCAGCUCAUUUUACAGUAAGGUCAACAGAAUAUUAGAAACACCUCUAAAAGUAAGGAAGUCCACUUCAGCACCAUAACUACAGCUUAAAAAUUACUUUAGAGACGAAGCAACUCCUCUGACACGCUGCUGUCCACAAAUACUGAACAUAAUAAGCUGCACAGUAACAGGAUUUAUUGCAUGGCAGCUGGUAACUGUGUUUGUUACAACAUGAUGGCUUGUGGCAUGUGCAGAGACCGGAUGUGGGAGCAGGGUUAGAUGUUGGAACGUGUGUCUCUGCUGUUUGUAAUCCAGAGAGAGUGAUCCUCUUAGAGAGGGGUACCGACUUCCUCAGGGCUCAGACCCAUUGAAAGCCAACUUUUGUGAAGGAGGAAGAAUAGUUUCACUUAAGCAGUAUUUUAGCGUAGAAGUCUUUUUUUCUUUUUACAUAUUAGCUUAAUAACACAUUCCACUAUUUUAUGGAAAUACAAAGCCUAUGUUACUGUUGUGUCAUGUAGACAUAAAACUAUCCACUGGACUGUUUGUUGUGAAACAGAACUUCAGCUCAGCUAAAAAUAGUUUUAAUUUAUAUCUUACUAGAUGACUCUACACAGACAGACAAUGCUCUUAUACUGUAUUUUAACUUCACGGUUAGCUUCACUUGGCAAGAAGCAACAUUUAUUCAUGUAAACACACCAAAGUGCAUGUUCUAAACUUGAAUGGAAAGUUAUUUUUCAUUAUAUCUAAGAUAAUUUGAUCAACACAUCUGAAUAAACAUAUAUGUCAAUGCUA